AAAGUAACAAAUAUGUUUUUAAAUGAUUUUUAUUUUGUAUCAAAAUUGCAACUAUUCGACUCUGUUUGCAGUGGCAUCCCUGUUGCAAAUAUCGCAAAUCACAACCAGCUGUUUUGCGAGCAUUUUGUGUUGUUUAAUAAAAUGGAACAGAAAAGGGGAUUACGUAUAAACGGAAUGUUCCGCUGGUCAGAAAGCCAAACAAAAGACCUUCUUGCAUAUAUAGUGGAUACUACAAAAGAUAAUGCAGGCCGAUUUGAGAAACCAACAGCACAGAAGUUUUACAAUAAAAUAGCCCAAAACGUGCCAAAUUUAAGACACAUCAAAUGGGAAAUUAUGAGGACAAAAUUGAGACAUUUAAAAACCAGUUUUUUAUCUGCACACAACUGGAAAUGCCAGGCUGAAGCAGACCUACUUGAGAGUGGCGAUCCUAAUAAUGUAGCUGAACAUAUAAAAAGUAUAUGUCCUUUUUAUGAAGACCUGUACAAAAUAUUUGGACACCGCAUUAAUGCGCAGCCACUAGCCAUUUAUCAGUCAACGGAGUCGGGAUCAUCAUUCGAUAAUGUUUACGCAGAAUUAAGUAUCGAGAUAGAUCCCGAUCCAUCUUUGAAUCCGUUAGCCAGUCCGUCGGUUAUACUUCCUUCUUCGAGUUCGCCAGCGAGUCCGUCCGCUAAUUGUGAAUCAGAAGCAAGCACAUGCACACAAAAAAGCGAUUUAAAAAGACCUCACAGGAGUUCUGAAUCAUUUUCUUUAAUGUAUGAAAUCCAAAAGAAGAAAUUAGAAUUAGAAACGAAAAAAUUAGAUUUUGAAAAAGAGAAAGAGGACAACAAUUUCCAAUUGCAGAAAUUACAGUUAGAGAAAGAAGAAAGAGUAGAAAUGGAAAGAAUCCAACAAACUUCAACAAAAAGAAAUUCAAAAAGAUCACACAGCAUCUCUAAUCAAUUGUCCUUACUAUUCGAAAUCCAAAAACAAAAUUUAGAAUUAGAAACGAAAAAACUAGAAUUUGAAAAAGAAAAAGAGGAAAACAAUUUUCAUUUGCAAAAACUACGUUUGGAGAAAGAAGAAAGAGUGGAAAUGGAGAAAAUCAGAUUGGAACACGAAAGAUUGAGAAGCUUAACUAGCUCACAAGAUGGCAAAAUGAAAUAAUUUGUAUUCCUUUCCCUUCCUACAUAUAUAUUGAUAUAUUCUUUUAAUCAUUUUAAAAUUCUAGUUUUGUCUAAUUCAAACUUCGUACAGUGACUAAUAGUGUACAAUGUAAGUAUUAGAAAAAACUCAUAUAUAUUUUCCAUUUUUAGUUGGUUUAUUAGUAUUAACAAGUUUUUUAUGGUCAAAUAAAAAAUAUGUUUAUAUACAAAUGUAUAAGGAGAGUAUUUUGUUUAUAAACAA